AUGGACUCGUACCAUGGCCCCAUCAACGCAGACCCCAAGAUUGGCGAGUCAUCAAUAUCCAUCUACCUGUACCAACCAUGGAUGAGCGCGGCUGUGGCAGGUGUUGCAGCGUUCGGUCUCGCACUGGUGCUCAUUGAAGUGGGAGGAUACGCGGCGCGCAUGAGAGGUAACCAGAACAUGUUCCUAGUGGACAUUUUCGUGGCCCAGUACUUGAUGAUCGUGAUCGCACCCAUCCCGAUAGCGGCGGCAAUCUACCUUGUCCUCACUUAUGCCGCAAACCGCUUCCCAUGCGGAAGCAGGUUGCUCCUCAUACCCCCCAAGCGACUGGUGACAUUUUUUGUCUUGAUGGACAUCACUACGGUCCUUGUUCAGGUCUGCGGCGCUGCAUUCAUUGGUGUUGUGGGGGUCCAGCUCUCACGAAACGAACCUUUGCUCAUGAGCCUGGAAGCUGCUAGUGGCAUUCUCCUGGCAGGCCUGGGCGUUCAGACCAUCUCGUUUCUGGGCUUCCUCAUCCUCCUGGUCGUGGCACUUUGGCGGACGUCAACUCUUGAUCUCAAUGCGCGGCCAUUACGCAACCUCCGCGUCCUCCUCUACCUCAACCUACUCUCCGCCCUGUUUAUAUCGUUCCGGACAGUGUAUCGACUAGCUGUCGAGUGCCAGGGAUACUUUGGACAAGCCAACUCGUCACAAGUGCUAUUCACCUGUCUCGAGUUCCUGCCCGUCAUCCUGGCAGUGGCGGUGUUCUGUGCGGUGCCCAUCGGACAACUUUUUCCUUUUAUCGAUGACCUUGGAGCGCAUAGCAACGCUCUGAGGAAAGAGACCUCUUAUGACUCCUCGAAUUGGGACCAGCCAGACCAGCCGAGACAGCUUUUGCUAGAGACUAGUGCCACGAACGAUGGUACAGUCGGUUACACGAUGCAGAGCAAGGCGGAACAGGAUAGGAACCAGGAGGCGACGGUGUACUUGGGAAACCUUGACGAGCGCGUGACAGACACAUUGAUGUGGGAGCUCAUGCUGCAAGCUGGCCCAGUCUCCAACGUCUUCCUUCCCAAGGACCGCAUCUCGCUCGCACACCAGGGUUUCGGGUUCUGCGAGUUUCUGUCUGAGGAGGAUGCCGACUAUGCCGUCAAGAUCAUGAACCAGAUCAAGCUGUUUGGUAAACCGAUCCGUGUCAACAAGGCGAGCUACGACAAGAAGCAGCUGGACGUUGGCGCCAACCUCUUUAUCGGCAACGUCGACUCGAAUGUGGACGAGCAGGCACUGUACGAUACGUUUAGCGUGUUUGGUGCGAUUGCAGACCAGCCAAAGAUUGCGCGCGACCCAGCAUCGGGCGAUUCCAAGGGCUACGGUUUCAUUUCGUUCCACGACUUUGAGUCUGCGGACCAGGCGAUUGAGAACAUGAACAACCAGUUCUUGGGCGGCAAGCAGGUGACGGUGCAGUAUGCGUUCAAGAAGGACGGCAAGGGCGAGCGACACGGCACGCAGGCCGAGCGCCUGCUCGCUGCGCAGGCCAAGAAGCACUCGAUGGGAGGUGCGUUUGGCAUGGGCGCUGCCCCGGCCUACAUCCCCCCCGCGGUUCCAGCAAGUGCUCCUGCACCUGUCGCUGCUACUCCCCCCGCCCUCCCCGCCGGCUUUGCGCCGUCCAACGUCAUUGGCGCGCCAGCAGCGCAAGGCGGCUACCCACAACAAUACCCCCCAGCACCACCUGCGGGGUACCCCCAGUACGGACAGGGUUACGAAGGCUACGACGCGUACGCGCAGCAGGGAUACACGAACGGGUACGCUGGACAGCAACAGCACCAGCAGCACCAGCAACACCAGCAGCAGUACGGCUCGGCGCCACCGCCUCCUCCGCCCAUCCGCAUGGGGUUUAACCAAUGA